AUGGAUGCUCUAGAUGUACUGUUAGAUGGAUUUGAUACCUCGAAACAUGAUCCGAAAGAAGUCGAGGAUUUUUUAAUCACAAAGUUGCAGUGCAAGGACUCUUACGAUGCGUAUUUCUCAUCCCAGCCACUGCCGGGAAGUGUUGUGGAAGAUAUCGCAGAGAUUGAGGCUCAAAUAUCAAAACUCGAACGCGAGUUGAGGAGCACUCUCGUUGAAAGUAAGGAGGCAAUCUCCAAUGUUCUCUGCAAUGAGCCCGUGGAACCACAAUUGGCGUCUAUGCUCGCCCAGAUCGAUCAACUGUGGGAGUUGGAAAACCAGGAGCCCGCCAGAAGCACGCAAGAUCAAUAUCAAGAUCUUUUUACGUCACUGGAAGAGCCAGUGGAGGAGCCUGUAGAUGAACCGCAAGAGGCCGAAAUUGACGAGUUCCAUGCGGCUCUUGAGAAGCUGAAAUCGCAUGCUUCCGCUGACAAUUCCAGCUUAAACAACAAUCACAAUAACCUGGCGCUCGUUUUGACCAACUGGAGAUCUAUCAACGAGCUUCUAGAGCUCCCGACGCUUACGGCAACGUGUAUCAAGACAGGCCACUACCAAGAGGCGCUAUUGUGUCACUCGCAUAUACGGAGCCUGGCUGAAAAGUUCCCGACCGCCAACAUAAUUCGCCACAUUGCUGACUCAAUUUCCCAUGAAAUAACCACAACUAUGCUACACGGGCUGGUAAAGAUGCUGCAACAAAACAUAAGUGCCAAUCCAAUGAAGAAGAUACUGAUGUAUCUCCUGUCCAUCCCUCCGUUUUCAAACAAUCCACAGGUUUUGAUACAAGUGUUCAUGAGCAUGCGGCACAAGUUCGUGUGUGCAGAAAUGGACUCCUUUCAGAUCACAGAAAUGAGCAAUGACACCAUGCGCGAAUUGCUGAUAAAACGCAAGAUUGAGGCUUUUCGUGAACAUGUUUACAAUGCUUUGGCUAUCAUAAAGUCUCAAUCUGAGCAGUUUGAUCUCAAAACCCACGAAUCGCCCAAGAUUUCCAUACCGCUGCUCCAGGAGCCCAAAAAACCUGCAGCAACUAACCCACUCACCCUGUUGUUUGUUGAAACCUGUUGUGACGCCUUGUUAUCUUCGCUCAAGCCUUACAAAACAUCGCUUUCGGUAUCAGUGUGCUUGCAAUUGGUGUACUGUUCUUUCCGACUUGCGGAUUGCAACCCAAACUACCACCAUCUGUUCGUAAACAAAAUCAGCGAAGCCGAGCUCUUCUCGACAGCCGAGUUGACUACUGCCAUGGACAAAAGACGUGAGUUGGCCAACAAAUACUACUAA